ACCUGGACGGGGUUUAUGGGUGAUCAAAAAGGCCCAUUGCCUAGGUUGGUGACCUCCAUUGCACAUGGGAGGGGUGCCCGCCUAACAUCUCCCCAAGUGGGAGAGUGUACGUCAUAAUUUGUGGCAGAGGGGGUACGCGUUCGCGCGGCCCCUACCAUUCUUAGCUUAAGAUUUUUUUCUUAAUAAUCUAUCUGUAAUUGUGAGUAAGUAAAGAAGGCUUCUUGCAUGAAAAAGAAUCGUAGUUCUUACAAGGCCAAUUGGGGAAUCUGCAUAAGUGCAAAUCUUAAGGUCCGAGGCUAGGGCUGCCGCAGCGGCGAGGCAAGCCCAAAUAAGGGAGGCCAGGGCGCGAGAUGCCCAGCAACAACAGAGGCCGAAGAGGAAAGAGAAGAAGGGGCCCUCCUCCGAGACUCCAAAGAAAAGACCUAGGGGUGAGGGGCCAAGCGCCGAGGCUGUCCAGGCCCUCGCUGCUCCGGGCCAUAACUUGCCAGCCCGAGACUCCUCCCCUGUUGCGGACUUCAGAAGCCCGAGGGUGGGGAACGUGAGGGUUGAAGUCGGAUUUGUCCCUCAGUGGUCGGUCAAGGAGGACGACACCUUGUCAGUCGGGCGUGUUGCUUGAGAGUUGGUGAUGAAGGGCAGUCUUCCCCAAGAUGCUACCGAAGCUCAACGGCAAGGGACGGCGGCCAUGAUAACGAACGCCUGCAUCCUCAUGGCCGGGGCCCAAAACCAAAUGGGUCAGCUGGCGGUUCUGGCUAAAGCUAUGGGCCGAGACCUCGAGAUCGCCGAACGAGAGAAGGCUGUCCUGGAGAAUGAACGUUCGGUCCUCCUCGAGAAGGUGGAGCACCUGGAAAUGGACCUCCUCACGCGUCAGGAAUACGAUCGGAAGUUAGAGGAGUUGAAGGCUCAGAUGAAGGCGAGGGUUCAGGAGGCCGAGGCCCGAGGGGCCAAGAAGUACAGGUCCUCCGAGGACUUUCGUGAAGAAAUUAAGCGUGCCAUCGCCCCUGGGUCCUCGAGCGUUACCCAGGGGUCUCUUUCGAGGACAGUGGGCUCAUCUUCGAAGAGGAGGGUAUUGAGGCGGCCCCAUCAGCCACCGAGAUUGCCGAUGCCGACGGCGGAGGCUGCAGCGAGGAAGGUGAGUUUUAGCUGCAACGCGAGGUCCCUCCGACUCCCGGUUACGACAGCUUGGAUCAGGAGACCCACCAUGUCAAGGAAGAGGCCAUGAACCGACGGACGCCCCAUGAAGCCACCCUGAGUCUUAGCUCAGUCUGAGCUCUUUUUGUUUUUGAUAUGAGCCUUCAGGCUUCUUCCUGUAAUCUCGGCCUUCGGGCCUUCUUUUAUGUAAUCUCGGCCUUCGGGUCUUAUCAAUGAAUGUAUUUCCUUUCGUAUGCUUCGACUUCCACUUUUUUAGGUUCUUUUGGGUAAGGUGAUCUUUAGUCCGUAGGUAGAUGCAAGGGGGCCAAAACCCAUUGUUGCCAGCCUUAGGAUCCGCACGUCUACUUAAGCACGGCUCAGUCCCGCUCCCUCGGAUUAUCCGAGAGGUUUCCCGAAUACGAGGGCUCUGGACUGGAUCUUGAACAAGUGUGGUUUUCACCAAGUGGUGUUCCCCCAUCAACUCCGGCCGAAGGGUCUUUUAAACUCUGGUAUUGAUCCGUGAUCCAGCCGAGGGCAGAUCCCUCGAUCGUCGUCGCUCCCUACCAAAUUGAGGACCUUCGGUCAAGUCCCCUCAGCCAUUGGCCUGAGCCCCCGACAGUGGUGAGGACCUUCGGUCAGCUCGGCUUGGCCUUUGUCUGAGCCCCCAACCGAGGUGAGGACCUUUGGUCACUUCGGCUCGGCCUUUGCCUGAGCCCCCGACCGAGGUGAGGACCUUCGGUCAGAUCGGCUAGGCCUUUGCCUGGGCGCCCAACGAAGGUGAAGACCUUCGGCUGUAUCCGUUCAGUAGAGUUAAGGUCACCAAACAGGAGAAUUCCUCUCAA